GGUGCCAGACCGUCGCAUAUUUCCGUUCAAGUGAAAGAAAAUGUAAAAUAAAGAACUCAAAAGAUAUACAAAACAUCCAUUAAGCGCAAUGCCACAACACUAAAAGAAGGUAUUUGAUUGUAGCAUAAAUUUGUUCUCUAAUCCCAAUGCCUGACACCUACGGGCAAUUCGAUGCGGAGCGCGUUUGUCGUGUUUGCCUUCGCGAGGUGGGCGAUUUCUACUUUAUCUAUGAUGAGGCGCCCGUGGAGCAGGGCGCGAACAUCGCCCAAAUACUUAACGAGUGCACGCGCUACACCUGCGAGCGAUAUGACAAGAUGCCCCAUCAUAUGUGCGACACCUGCAUCAAGGCCGCCUGCCAAGCGUAUCGCUUCAAGCAGGACGCCGAGAAGGCCUAUCGUUCGCUGGUGGCUAUGCUGGGACGCACACCUGUAACCAAGCCAAACAGCAGCGAUGUCUGCACCCAGACUGAUCAAUUACAUAUGCUGCCAUGCGGUAUCUGUAAUGAAAAAUUUCUUAACAUUCUCGAACUGCGUCUGCAUCGUAGUCGCCAGCAUUUGAAUACGGAGGAGCUAAAGUGCAGGCUCUGCGAUGAGCAGUUUCAAAAGCUUCGUCAGCUGCGCAACCAUCUCGCCGAGCAGCAUGAUCAAAAGUCAGCGGCGCCGUUGCUACGUCGACGUCUGGAAUGUCGAGUUUGCCAGCGCGCGUUCUCGCGACGCGAUCAUCUUAUACGCCAUAUGCGAAGUGUCCACGAUGUGGCUCGGCAGCAGGAGCAGGAUUCUGAAGCGACAUGGCCGCCCAUUGACGAGGCGACCAUGCAAAGUGGCGAUGAACUAGAAUCGGCUGCUGUCUUAUUCAAUGAUCCGGCUGUCUGUUCUGAUAACGAAAAUACCGAGAGCGGCUAUCAAUGCCAUACUACUAAUCCCAUAUCUAGCAAUGAGGAUUCUGCCGAUGAUGACGUACAUGCCGAGGCGAAACAAUCGCUCUGGCUGCAUAUUAAGCCAGAGCCAGAACCAGAACUGGAGGCGGAGCUUGAGCAAGUGAAUCGCGACAGGCGCAAAAAGAAACCAAAUUUAAAAGUUUCAGCUCACACAGAUACAGAGAACGAGCAUGAAAGCGCUAGCAGGCAGAAGCCAGCCUCGAGUUCAUUUUCUACAGAGGUAAAAGAGGAACCACUUGCCACCGGCAAUGAACAGCAAUUGCCCAUUAAGCAGGAGCGACAGCGCGUUGACAGCAUCAAAGUAGAUGAGGAGUAUGAGAUGGAGGCCGCAACAGCCGAUCUUUUUCACAGUGCUGACGAGGAUGAAGAUGGUGAUGAGGAGAGUGACAUUGAUGAAGAGUACGAUGAAGAUGAAGAUGAUGAUGAGGAUGAAGCUAAUGCAGAGCUCGAUGGGCACAAAUCGAAGCUGGCUGAAGUGGAAAUCGUGCGGGAGUAUUUGCAAAAGCCGACAACCGGCAAGCAGCGACGUCGGCGCCGCAAAAAGACACAAAGUGAAACGGAAGCAAAUCCGGAGAAUCGUUGUGAUGUCUGCAUGCGCACCUUCUCCCGCCAUUGUCAUUUGUUGCGGCAUAAAUUGUCCCAUCUGGAAAAGAAGCCGCACAGCUGCCCGCAUUGCCCCAAGGCAUUUGCGCGUAGCGAUCAUUUAAAGGCGCAUGUGCAAAGCCUUCACGGCAGUAAGGAGCACAAGUGCGUUCUCUGCGAUGCGGCGUUCGCCCGUCUCGAUGCACUCGAUCGACACAAGAUGAGCAAACACAAUGGCGAGGGUCUCGACGCCAGCAACGAGCUGAAGCUCCAAAUGAGCGAGCAUACGUGCGAGUACUGUGCAAAGCGCUUCUCCAGCAAGACAUACCUGCGAAAGCAUACUCUACUCCACACGGAGUUCCUAUACGCAUGCAAGAGCUGCGACGAGACGUUCAAGGAGCGCCAACAGCUGCGCAGCCACGAAAAGACCCACACCGGUCAGCGUAAUUUCCUCUGUUGCAUUUGCGGAGACAGUUUCGCGCGCAACGACUAUCUGCGCGUCCAUAUGCGACGGCACAAUGGCGAGAAGCCAUACAAGUGUCGUUACUGCAUCAAAGCAUUUCCACGUGCCACAGAUCUUAAGGUACACGAGCGGUACCACACCGGUACCAAGCCCAAUCUGUGCAAUACUUGCGGCAAGAGCUUCCAUCGCGCCUACAAUCUGACCAUACACAUGCGCACCCAUACGGGCGAACGUCCGUACAAGUGUGAUCAGUGCCCCAAGAGCUUCAGCCAGAGUAACGACUUGAAGGCCCACAUACGACGACAUACUGGCGAGCGGUACAAGUGCCCGCAUUGCGAUGCCUAUUUUCUGCAGCUUUAUCACAUGCGGAACCAUUGCCUGAGUGCCCACAAUAAGCAUAUCGAGACAAAGACGGGUCGGUUGCAGCGCACCGGGCUGCUGGACGAGCCCAACCACUCGCAUCUGACCACCGUCGUUAUGCCACCUGCACGUUAUCAGCAAUCAACGCCCGAUCCGCAUCCUAUGGCCACUGUUACUACGCAGCUGCCAGCGGCAAUUGCCACGCCCAUUCUGCAUUCACCGGUGACCUAUAGUACAACGUCACCAGUGCCCGUCUCCGUGUCCGUGCCACUGUCAGAUGCUAGCGGAUUCGUGGGUGCAACGACAAAUGCAACAAGUACAACUGCGACGGCACCAUUUGGCACCUUCAGUAUAGCGCCAGUAGUAAUGGCGCAUCUGAUGUACAAUCACGGCGGCAACAGUCAGCAGAGCAAUGCCAGUAAAUAGCCGACGUUGCCCUAUAAAUUAAAAAGAGAUUUAUUCAAUCGCAAUUCCAAUCAGAAA